CGUGUGUGCUCUGCUGUUGCUGCCCUUUGAUCCCUGCAUUAGUGUUAGUUAGGGGCUCGGAGACACACACUUACAGAGAGCAGCCAUAGUCAAGACACGGCAACAACAACAGCACCUCCUCCUCUACUCUUCCCUAUUCCCAACAAUACACUUAACCGAGGACAGCCAGGUGCACGACAAGUCCCUGCCAUCAGGCUCCCUCGCGAAAUUUCAAUGGGAAAAGACCUUUUUUCUUCUUAUCCCUAAACAAGAAGGAGAAUGUGAUAAAAGGGGGAAAAUGCCAAGGAGGAAACAGGAGCAACCCAAGCGCCUGCCUUCACAUGUGGACACGGUAGAGGAUGGUGGACCAGAAGGUGGCUCAGUCGAGGAAGAUGGCUGGUUUGGGAACGUCUCUGACAGCCCCUCUGAAUCGUCCUAUGGUGAUGUGCAGGAUGAGCUGCGGGGUUCCCCGGACAAUGGCCCCCGACCCGACCAUGACACCUCAGCAGAGAGCUCCCUGGGCUGCCCCACGCCGGUUCAACGUGCCUCUCUGGAGCUUCUGGGCUUGGACAGUGGGGUCCUCUCGACCCAGGACACUCUGUCCUCUGUGGUGUCUUCUCUUUACGGAGAUUCCAGCCAGGCCCUGGGGAAGCCCCUCAGCAGCAACCUGCGGCGUCUUCUAGAGGCUGGCUCGCUGAAGCUGGAAGGAGUAGACCGUGGAACAGGCAGAGGACCAGAGUCGCCCCCUAUUAGCUUGGUACUUUCUCCAUCUUCACAUCACGCACAGCAGCUGAGUGCCCUCGCUAGGAGACUGGCUAACAGCAGCAACAACAGUGGCAACUCCAACUCGGCCUCGCCCGCAUCUGUAGCGACUCUCAAGCAAGAGCCCUGUGACCCAUUUGGCCCCAGCAAUGGCCCUAACUCAGGAAGCAGUGGCUUUGUAUGGGUAGGCGUGGCAGACAAAUGGUCAUCGGCGCCCAGCGGCAGCAGUCUAUCACCAGAUUCGGCAAUCCAGAAGUUGAAGGCAGCAGCUAACGCCGUGCUCCAGGACAAGUGCGCAGUGGCAUCCUCCACCUCGGCAUCUUCAUCCUCUUCUUCCUCAUCCUCCUCCUCUUCAGUCACCUCUUCCUCCUCAAUGGCAGGCUUGGGUACCCGGUCAGAUGACACGGUGCGCUUUGAAGCGUUCGCUUCGCCCUUUAGUCCCCAGUCGGCCAGCUCCACACUGGCUGCCCUCUCAAAGAAGGUGUCUGAAAGGAGUCAGCAGCAGGUGGGCUCAUCUGAGCAUCAGGCCUCAGCUGGUUCCUUUCUCUCCCUGGUUUCCAUGACCUCCUCGGCAGCUCUGCUAAAGGAGGUGGCGGCACGAGCAGCAGGGAACCUUCUGGCUGAUAAGAAAGAGCCGGCUUUGGUAUUGGGAGCAACUGAGGAUGUCAAGCCCCUGUUAGACAGGAACCAGAAGGUGCCCACCCCAACUCAGACCAUGGACCUUCUGCUGCCAACAAUCCCCAAGGGAAGGGCAAAGCCCAGCAGUCAAGCAGGUUCUCCUGAGGAUGGAGGGAAACCCUUUCAGUGCCCAGUAUGCGGUCUGGUGAUCAAGAGAAAGAGCUACUGGAAGAGGCACAUGGUGAUCCACACAGGCUUGAAAAGCCACCAGUGUCCCCUCUGUCCCUUUCGAUGUGCUCGUAAAGACAAUCUCAAGUCACACAUGAAGGUCCAUCAGCACCAGGACCGCGGGGAGACCUUCCAGUGUGAACUCUGCCCCUUCACAUCCUCUCGCCACUUUAGCCUCAAGCUGCACAUGCGUUGCCAUCAGCACUUCCCUCGUCACGACCUUAAAGUCAAAGAUGAACCCGGCACUGACACAGAGGAGAGCGAGAGCCUGCUCAUGGGGGAUGGUUGCGCUACUGGCGAUCAGGUGUUGAACACAGAUACUUCCACGUCUCCCUCACUGAGCCAGCCUGAUGUACGUCUGCUGGCCUCCCCUGGAGAACCCUCAAACCACGUCCAGAUUAAGGAGGAACCCCAGGAGAGGGAUGUGUCUGUGAUGUCUCCCUUCGCCCUGUGUAGGGAACGGCCCAGUAGCAGCAAUAGUUCUCUGGAUCUAUCUGGUCUUAAGUCCAGUCCACCAGGCCCUGGACCAACAGCUGCCUCGCUCUUUAGCCCAGACAUCACCACCAAGACGGCCACAGACCUCCUAAUAAAGCUCUCAGCAGCGAAUCAGAAGGAGGCCCUAAAGGGUCCGUUCUGUGUUAAGGAGGAACCCCAGGCGGAAGAGCCCCUGCGCUCUCAGAGGGGACCCAGCUUCAGCUUUUGCCAGGAUGGGCCCCCAGCAGCCACAAAGCCACAGGAGGAAGGGAGCCCCCUGUUAGGCAAGAACAGCAUUCUCAACCAGGACAUCAACGUCAAAGUGGCUUCUGAACUGCUUAUGAAGCUCUCAGAGAACAAUAAGGACACUUGCCUCCAGAAAGUUAUGGUGAAGGCGGAGCCUAUGGAAGUGGAUCCACCCUCAUCUCAUCUACAGGGCUUUAGCACUUCAGGGGCAUGCGAGAAAAAGGAGCCAAUGGUCAACCUCCCAGAUUCUUUGCCCCGCCCCCAAAACGACCUCUUCUCCCAGGACAUCUCAGUCAAAAUGGCCUCUGAGCUCCUUUUUAAGCUGUCUGAAAAAGUAAGUAAAGCUAAUGAAAACAAAGACAAUGCGUCAUUCGGUAUACACAGCCCUUUCCUAGAUGACCGCUUUAGACAAUCACCUUUCACCGCACGCUCCAAGAGCUCUUCCCCAGCUGAAGCUGGCUCUUCAAACAGGGUUUCCCAGCAAGAUUCAGAGAAGGUGAGUGGAGAGCCAGGUAAUGGACUUGCCCAGUGGAGACUCAACGAACAACUCUUCCCUUGCUCUAUAUGUGGCAAAGUGUUUGGCCGCCAACAGACCCUCUCCAGACACCUCUCCCUACACACAGAAGAGAGGAAAUAUAAGUGUCACUUGUGUCCAUAUGCGGCCAAGUGCCGUGCCAACCUCAACCAGCACCUCACCAUCCACUCGGUCAAACUGGUGAACACAGACGCCGAUCACAUUGUUACUGCUGUUACCCACGAAGGCCCAGAGCUCAAAAACUGCCCUUACUUCUAUAGCUGCCAUGUCUGCGGCUUUCAGACGGAGUUUAACGCUCAGUUUGUCAGUCACAUGUCACUCCAUGUAGACAAAGAGCAGUGGAUGUUCUCGCUCUGCUGUAACACCUGUGAGUAUGUGGGUGUGGACGAAGCCGAGAUGAAAACUCACAUCAGUGCAGGACAUGCAGGUCUCAAUUCCAGAAGCCCUCUCAGUGAGACCAAGAGCACUUCCUCCUCUUUGUCGGCUCUCAGUGACUCCCUAAACAGCUCUGAAGGUGGGGAUGUUGCCCAAAGUAACGAAGAACUGAAAAGCCUUUUGGCUCCGCCUUCUUCUGCAGGCAGCCAAUCAAGCUCAGGCACAGGAACUGAUGAAAAGGCAGAGAAAGGUUUUGAAUGCGUUUUCUGCAACUUUGUGUGUAAAACUCGGGCCAUGUACGAGCGGCACCUACAGAUCCACCUGAUAACGCGCAUGUUUGAGUGCGACAUCUGCCACAAGUUCAUGAAGACACCCGAGCAGCUCCUGGAGCACAAGAAGUGCCACACUGUCCCCGCUGGAGGGCUCAAGUGCCCUCUCUGCAUCUACUCCACCAACAGGCCAGUCGCUAUGGAGGGCCACCUGAAGACGCACUACAAGAUGGAGUACCGCUGCCGUAUCUGCCAAGCCGUGUGGGCCAAUCAGGCAGAGCUGGAAAGGCACACGCGCGCUCACCGCCUGGGAAACCACUACAAGUGUGAGCAGUGCGGCUAUCUCUCCAAAACGGCCAACAAGCUCAUCGAGCAUGUGCGCGUGCACACCGGUGAGCGGCCUUUCCACUGCGACCGCUGCAGCUACAGCUGCAAACGCAAGGACAAUCUCAACCUCCACAAACGACUCAAACAUGCGCCGAGACAGACCUUCGGCUGCGGCCAGUGCCCAUUUACCACCACCCACCCGUUCGUCUACAGCCGACAUAUUAAAAAGCACCAGGGCGGAGAGGGAAGCGCGGAGGAAGGCGAGGGCCAGCCAGGUACGCCGCGCCCGGGCCAUUCUGAGAGGGGUGGGAGCAGCUGCGAGAGCGGGGACAGCGGGACCACUAGCCCGCUGAUGAUCCUGUCCGCCUCUCAAGCCUUGCAGUCUGUCGCCCUCUCCAUCACCAGCAAGCAGCAAGACGGCACGCCAAGCCCACGCUACCUCUCGGCCAACGGCACUUUCUCCACGCUGGCAGCUCGCUACUUCGAGCAGUACAGGAACUGUGACCUGGCUCAUCUCAUCCCCCUCACCACUCUCUUCACGGCCCGACGCUUCACAUUCCACAGCCCCUCCCCUUCAAACUCAUCACCUCCCUUCUCCAGAUUCCGGUCCGACUCAUCUCCGCAGUCCCCGCCUUCUCCCACAUCGCUCAAACACUCCUUCCUGGCAUACCUGGGACUGACAGAGAGAGCUAAGACCAUUUGACUUUAGCGGUUACCCUUCCCCUUCCCUCAUAUAGUAAAUCACAGAUGCCACAAACUGUUCCAUAGGCGGGCUGAAAUGCUGCCCAAAAGGUAGAAAUUCUAGUAAGACAUUCAUUUAUCAGUGGAAAUCCUCCAGGCAUUUCUAUCAGACCUUUUUUGUUCUAUCGAUACAAAUAAUGCUCUUUUUUAAGAGGUCUUAUAACAAUUGUGAAUGACCCAGAAUCUAAAUAAUAGCGCUUUACCUAUUGAAGUUUUGUAUUGGUUUUGAUGGGAGAAGCAAACAACAAACAUAUAAGCUUGCAAUUGAUUAGCUUUUCUUUUGUAUGCAGCAUGUUCGCUAUGUGUUGCGAUUGUUUUUCGAAGUCAUGUUAGGGGCUCGAUAUGAAAUAUAUACAGUAUGGCACGACAAAACCAACAAGUCUCGUUUCCAAAGCUAAGCCUCAGACCACGCACUUGUUAAUUUAUCAAACUGUACAUAGUUUUGAAGUCUUUAUUUUCUCCUUCCCCAACGCCUGUUGGCAUUGACUGGUUUUGCAGAAUGGUGAGACCAUUGGCAGUACAUCCACCUUGCCUCAACAACAAGCAUACGGCCCUUUACGAAACCUACGAGGCACAGCUGAUGGCAUUUCUCAAUACAAGCCAUUUGGGGCAUGCUAAUGGCAAAAGCAAUCAUUACCACUUCCCUAGUGGCCGUCAGCCCAUUAUGCAGCCUUGAACCUUUCACUGUCCUCGUCGUACUAUUGGUCACCACAAAUUGUGCCAUGGCUGCCCAAGGUGAGAUGGCCGUCUCCUGUAGGCAUGAGAUGAGUGACCAGUCAAGCGCCCCCGUGCAUAGCUAUGGUAUGUAAUCGCACUUGUGCGUUUAAAACAAGAUGGUGACAGAAUAAUGGGUUUUGCCCCAAAACCUGUCACAAAGGCCGAUUCAAUGGUGCUUUUUGGAGCUUUUUUGUAAUUUUGUGUGUAAAAAACUGUUCCAAAAUGACUUGAAUGAAUGUACUUUUUGUUGGUUAAUGUUAAAGUGAUACAAAGGUAUAGCUGGGCUACGGCGAGAGAGAACAUGGAAAAACAUUGGUAUCUCGGUGGCCUUCUCUGUCUUAAACAUUUUGUUCUGUUAUUUUUUACUAUUAUUUUGAAAGAGCCUUUGAAAUGUAAAAUACAAAUAUAUAUAGAAAAAUAUAUAUCCUGUACUAACAAACUAUUAUGAGAACCCCAUUGGAAAAUGGCUUUCAAGUGCAAUGUGGAGGCAGCCAUUAUUAGAGAUGGAAUUGUGGAAGCAUGGCUUUCCAUAAGCGGGCAAACAUGGUACCAUAGAUCUAUGUUCCCCUUUUGAUUUCGUUUUUUUUUAAUGCACUUACUAUUUUUUUUAAACAAUAGCACUUAAAUAGCACCCAAUAUAAAAUGUUCUUGAUACCAAUUAGUUCAACCACUUCAUCAGACAACCUUAAUGUUAAGUUUAUUUAUCAGUGUCUGCCACGGUAGUUGAUAAAAUGAAUUCAAAACCUCUUCAUGUAGGUAUUUGCCAAACAGCUGUGAUUGACUGCCCUGUUAAGCUGGAUAGUAUGACGUUUAAUUCAGACAGCUGAGGUCAAAACCCUCCUGGGCACCAAAGUGCCAGGCUAAAUUUUUAACAGCAAUUUUGCACAGUGCUUUAAAAGUUGCACUUUUUUAUCAAAGUAUCAGAACGCAUAUAUUUAAUGCACUCAGAGGCUGUAUUGUCCAUAAUGUUGGCAAGCUUUGAAUAAAAACUAACCUCUAUGAAAUCUACUUUCAAAGACUAGUCCAAAAUACAUGAGCAGUAACAAAUUGAUGUUUGCUUUGCACUUUUGCAUAGUUACUAGCUAGACGGAUAUAUUUUAAGAAUAUAAGAAACAUUGUUAAUUAGUAAGCGCAAGAUGAAGAACAUGCCAUGUGUGUGGUCCAGACCGGUGGUUCUCAACCUUCUGACUUAAAAGGCCCACAGCUUGAUAUAAUCAGAACAUUUUUAUUAUGAAAAUAACCAACCGUUAAGUAAAAAUCUUGACUUUUAGUUGUUUAAGCUUGUUUUGUCUUACUUUAAAUAAUUAGGUCGUCUUCAGGGUUGAAAGUUGAGAAAUACUGGUCUAGAUAAGAGGCCACAUAUCAGCCAUUAUGAGUCUAUGGCUAGUCUAGAUAUAUAUCUAUCUAUUCACCAUGUCAUGAAAAACAUGCAAAGCUCAAGGAUUUGCACACGGUCAAUUCCUAAAAGACUGUUUGUUGUAGAUAAAUGUUUUUAAAUGAAACUUUUGAUUAAACAAAACAGAAUCCAGUCAAUAAUUUGAAAUCAACUGAAUCAUAUCCACACAGUGCUUUUCAACCCCAUUUACACAUGGACAUCAGUUCAAAACAUUGCCCAUUUUUUUUCAAAAGAAAAGUAUACAGCCUCAAUUGUGAAGAUUAACCUUGACCUGCCAAAAGAUCUUUCUUGGCAAAAAUUCCUUGAAAGCCUCAACACCCAUAACUUGCCCAGUGAGAAGAUUUGAAUGACAAUAUUUGUAUUCAAGGCCAGUUGAAACGCAGGUUAGAAGUAGAGCCAUAAAAGAUGAGUUACAGUUUCCUUGCUCUACAUGAUAUCCUUGUUUUACACUUCUAUGUUUUGCUAUCACCAUAUUGUUUCGUUUUCUUCAUGUAAAUGCCCAGCAUGCGUUCUAGUGCUAUGUUGUAUUUUGAAUGGAGCUUCUUUGCUUGUUAAUAAAGCUCCUGCCCGAUAUCUUUUGCGCUCCAGUGCCACUUGGUGGAAAGGAGUGGCCCGAGAGCCUGAGAAGAUGUAAAACUGAUUCUCAGGACCCAUUGUGAUAGAAUGAAUACAAGUGGAAUGUCCAAUGGGCAACAUCCUUCUGUCCGUCUGCCUUGGAACACCAUGUUGUCAUCAUGUUCAAAAACAUGGCUGCUGCUCGAUCAAGCUCAGUUUUGUGGGCGCGAGGAGCGCGACAGAGACCGCUCUCUGUUCCAAUACCAGUAUUUAUAAAUACUUGGCGUUCUGUUUGCCUAAUUGCAGAAAGCAGUGAUUUUUGUUUUAGCAUCAUUGCGUCACGCAGGAUUGACUACCUUUUAGCACUUCAAAAGAUGCAUGAAAUUGCUCUUGAUCUCUAGUUUGUAGCACUUACGUUAUUUUGGUCGAGGAAAAAAAGACCAACUCGUUUUGCAUUUAGCUUUGCGGGUUCCUCUGCACAAUCUGUUUGCUUUAUCUCUUGCUGUACUCUACGACUCAAUAAGGCUCAAAUAUCAUUUUGUUUCGUUUCUUAUUUGGCACCCAGUAAACUUGUUAUGUGCUGUAUAAAGCUUUUUUAUUACUUUAUUCUUAAGGCUGUACAGGGUUGUUUGCGACAAUAACUGGUAAUUAGAUCAUUUGUACUUUUUAUUUUGUUUUGUAUUUUGGUUUUCUUGGUUUCGCAUUUCUUUUUGUUCAAAUUGCCAGUUCUUAAUGUAACAGGAUUUGAAAGUAAAGCUUACAUCACAUAUUACCUUAA